UAUUGCAGCCACCGUUCAGACUUGGGCCCUUUAUUACCUGAGCCAACACAUGAUUGUUCAGCUGCAAGGUGCAGUGUUAUUAAUCUCCAACUCUCUUCAAUACUCUACUUAUUGGGUUCAAUUGCUAUUAUUCGAGGUAUAAAAGUCAUGGCUGGAGCAAACAAUCAGCGUGUUUUUUCUUCAACACUUGUUGCCGAUCUCAUGACAUUCUUAGAUGAGGAAGAAGAUUAUUGGGAAGAAGUGCAUGCCUUACUUAUCGAAGAGGGGGACUUUUCAUUCCACAACACUAUUUAUAGGCAGCCUUGUCGAACUCGGCCAUUUACUGGCCACGAGCUAAUUCAUGACAUAUUGCGUGGACACCCUGAUAGAGGUUAUCAACAUUUCAGGAUGACCACCACUAUGUUUACAAGGCUUCGAGAAGAACUGGUUGGAAGGGGUUUUAUACAAAAUACUAGGCAUUUAACUGCUGACGAGCAGCUUGGUAUAUUUCUAUUUGGUACAGGUCAUGCCGUGGCCAAUAGAGUUUUGGCGGAAACUUUUCAACAUUCUGGAGAAACGAUUAGCAGGCAUUUUAAUAAUGUACUGCGCGGCGUGGUUGAACUUAGGCAUGACUACAUCCAACUCCCACUAUCAAAUACAGGAGUACACCCUAGAAUAAAGGAAAAUCCGACAUUCUAUCCAUUCAAGAAUGCAAUUGGUGCAGUAGAUGGGACUCACAUACCGGUGGUUGUACGGAAGCAUAAGCAACCAAGAUAUCGGUGUCGAAAAGGAUUUACUUCUCAGAACAUGAUGGCCGCAUGCUCGUUUGACCAUCAGUUUCUAUUUGUGUGCACCGGGUGGGAGGGUUCUGCAGCUGAUAUGAGGGUACUGCGAUGGUGUUGCGAGAGUGGCGGUUUCGCUGUCCCGGAAGGAAAAUAUUAUCUUGUUGAUUCUGGAUAUGCGAAUACUGAUCACUUCCUCGCGCCCUAUCGAGGGGAACGAUAUCACUUGAGCCAAUUUGAUGUAAAUGCACAAGCCCGAAGGCAUCGAGGACCUCGAGAUUUAUAUAAUCAUCGUCAUGCUCAAUUGCGAAACGUAGUUGAGAAAGCUUUUGGGAUCCUAAAGAGGCGGUUCAAGGUGCUUCGACAAGCAACACCAUUUCCCUACAAGGUGCAGUGUCGCAUUGCCCUCGCAUGUUGUGUCAUACACAAUUUCAUCAAAAGACACCAAGGGACCGAUAGGUACUUCAACAUGCAAAUGGACUCAUUGCCGAUGGACGACACACUUGAUGAAUCAUCAGCUCCUGUUGGGCCAGACGAGUCUCGGAGAGGAGACGCCCUUCGCACUAUGAUAACAGGGCAACUUUGGAACAAUAGAUAGGAGGAAAAUAUUGAGAAUGAUGUAAAUUUGUUUUUUACUUUAUGCUUUUUUUUUUCCUUCUCAACUUAUGUGCUGUGUCUUUAAACUGAAGUUAUUGCGUGCUGUUUUCCAUAUCUUUGUAAUUGGAAGUUAAGUUAUGUUA